AACCCAGAAAUUUGCUGUUCCCAUAAAAGAGUAUAUUAUCAAGCAAACUCCAUGGCCUGUUCUAUUACAUGCCAACACGCAAAUAGCAUCCUCCUUGGGAAAUAGAAAUACAAAUACUAUUCCCAAGCAAGAGAGAGAGAGAGAGAGAGGGGGGGAGGGAUUUGGCGUGUUGGAGUGGCCCUGGCCUAGACUCACGAGCCACGAGCCAAAACCCAAAACCAAGUCUCCCAUCGAAAGGAACGUAAACCGGGGGGGGUACAAAUUGAAAGGAGAAAUGGAGAAGGAAAAGGAAAAGGAAAUCCCAAUAAGCUCAUCCCACCUGUGACAUUACAUAAACCCCUUUGCAGAAAACUCUUCAUCAUUUGGUAUUUGUGUGAUCUCUUUUGUUUCUGUUUUUGUUUUCAUUCACGGUUUCGCUCUUUUCUUGGCUGUGCUGUCCAUCCUUUGCUUUUUCAAACUGCUCUGGGCUACUACAGUUGAUUUUCAUUUUUGUUUCUCUUUUUUUCAUAUGGUAAGGUACCUUGGUUUUUUGGCGGCUCAUGAAACGAGGCUGAGGUCCUUCCCUUUUCGGUUGAGGUCCUCCCCAUUUGCUUUUAGCCUCAUUGCAGUGCUCUUUUUGCCUUCCACGUUCCAUCCUUGAUUCAGUGAUACUAUAUUACAAGGUAAAAACAGACUCAUCUUUUUUGCAUUGUGGAGGUGGCAUUCAAGUACUGAAAACUCUCCUUGGGGACACUUUUCAGAAGUUCAGAUUCAGUUACCUCCUACACUGCCAACUAUUUAAUUUCCCUGCGUUGGUCCUAUUAAUUUUACUGCUCUACACCCCAUCCCGUAUCUCUCCUCUUUUAAGGUUUUGAACUCUCACCCUCCUCUCUUUGAGAAAAAUGAGCAGCUCUCCAAAUUAUGUUUGUUGCCACAGAAAUAGACACCUAAUAAUUUCCCUGUUGUUGCUCUUGGUUUCAAGCUUGACCCAAGUUAGAUUCAUGGCUGAAGGAAGGUCUCUUUCCAGGCUACUACUUGAGGUUGCCCAGAAAGGGAUUGAAGAGGAGAAGGCAUUGGUGAUGAGAAGUCUAAUAGGGUCAAGGCCACCAAGGUGUGAGAGAAGGUGCAGUUCCUGCCCGCACUGUGAGGCAAUCCAAGUUCCUGUUACAACACAAUCCCAAAACCGCAGAACCCGCCAAUUCUCAGCUGCAAUAUUGUCAAUUGCUUACUCCAGAGGCGAUGACAUCUCCAACUACAAGCCCAUGAGUUGGAAGUGCAAGUGUGGGAACAUGAUUUUCAAUCCUUGAUUGAAGUAAAAAUAAACACUGUUCAGUGUAAAAGCACCUCCUUUCAACUGUGGAUAAAUUGACUUUCAAUUGUAUACCUUUGUCUUCUUCGCUUUCCUCUUGCAUGGUGCAAAUAUGGGCAGCGCAAUGUAAAGCGUUCCUUUCUUUCUUUCUUACUGUAACAUUUUUGCCCUUUCUUCUAUAUAAAAUGUAUUCGCUUUCCCCUGCAAAGGUUAUACCCUUCUCCUAAUUCGCAAUGCCUUUGUCCACUAUUUGUUUUCUUCAGACUUUAUUGCAGUUAAACAGCAUCAGCAACAGCAAAGAUUCCUUAACUAC